AUACUCAACUUGAACUGGAGGACAAGUACAAAAGAACCAAAGAUGAAAUUGCAGCCCUCAAAGAUCAUCUUGCCAUGCGCAGAGAACUCACAAGAAGGUCCAAAUCUGCAAGUUCAGAAAUGUCAAAAAGAGUGGAGGAAACAGAGAAAGAGCUACAAGAACACAAAGAGGAUCAGAAAGCUAUCAAUGCAGACAUGACCAGACAGUACAAGACCAUGCAGACGGAGAUGGGUCUGAGAAUUCAUCAGCUGGAACUAGAGUUGCGACGUACACAAAAAGAACUAAGCUCCACACAAGCUGAACUGAAGAAAAGCUAUGAGGAUAGGAAUAGUAUGAUUGAAGAACGAGAUACGGAAAUCACGGACCUGAAAAUGAAAAUAAGUAUGAUGGAGCAGGCCUAUGAAAGUGUCAUUAGGGAGGCACUGGAUAAUCUGGUGAGAAAGCUAGAUGACUCUAAAGACAAAUGGGAAAGCAGGUCAUCUUUGAUUCAAGUGAGGAACAAGCAAACGCUGCUGGAUUUUGGCUUAAACCCUUUAGACAUGUGA